CUAGCAGGACACUUUGGUUCGCUCAGAUUCAGUCUGAAUGAUCCCUUAGGACCCGCCUGGCAGCCUCAUGCGAUGGGCUUCCGAGAAGCUCCAUAGCAACAACAGAGGUACCACACACACACACACACACACACACACCACGCUCCUCCACCAUGGCCUAACCGGCUCCUUGACCUCGUUCUUCUCAAGCAGUCAAGCUCACCCACCAUCACUCCAUCCAAGUAUCCAACACCAUAACCCAUGGCACCUGUGUAGCGGCUAGCUUCUUCUUCUCCUAGGGAGAUGGUGGGGACGGGAGCGUUGGGCUCCGUCAUCGUCAAGCUCGCCACCUUGCUUGGCGACGGGCACACGAUGCUCAAGAGCGUUCGCAAGGACAUCGCGUUCCUCGAGCGCGAGCUCCGCACGAUGCAGAUCCUGGUGAACAUGCUGGCGGGCAUGGAGGGGCUCGACAAGCUGGCCAUGGGCUGCAUGGGCAGCAUGCGGGAUCUCGGCCACGACAUGGAGGGGUGCAUCGACCGCUUCAUGCUCCGCCUCGACGAAAACGACAUGGAGAUGGAGGCCGUGCCCACGUUCCCGAGGAGCACCGCGCGCCAGCUCAAGACAAUGUUUGCCCGCCAUGGCGUCGGGGCCCAGAUCAAGAAGCUCAAGGCCCGCGUCGUCGAGGAGGGCGAGCGGCGGCGUAGGCUGAAUCUCGACAACUACGUCUCGAUGACGGUAGAUCCUCGGCUGGCUCCGUUACACGGAGUGGCCAAGGACUUGGUGGCCAUUGACGGCCCCAGGAACGAGGUCGUCUCUUUGUUGACGGAAGAGAGCGUGGACCUGAAGGUGGUGGCCGUUGUUGGAGGUGCUGGGUUGGGAAAGACCACCCUUGCCAUGGAGGCCUAUCGCAAGAUUGGACGGCACUUCCAGUGCCGAGCUUCUGUGUCGGUGUCGCGCACCCUCGACCGUGACAAACUCUUGAAAGAUCUCCUUUCUCAAAUCGACCAGGCUGCAUUUCAUGAUUGUCAGUCGGAGAGGUGGGAUAAAGAUCAACUAAUCCGUCGGAUCCGACACAUUUUGACAGGAAAGAGGUACUUCCUUGUGGUUGAUGAUGUAUGGAAAGAACAAGACUGGAAAUUCGUCAAAGGAGUUUUUCCUGACAAUCAUAAUGGCAGCAGAAUAAUUGUUACUACACGCAUAGCCAAUGUAGCCAAGUCAACUUGUUCUAAUUCUGGCGGUCAGCUCUAUCAAAUGCUACCUCUGAACUAUAUUGAUUCCCGAAGAUUGUUCUUUAAGAGGAUUUUCCACUCCGAUAACUCCUGCCCUCCUCAGCUAGAAAAGAUUUCAGCUAGGAUCUUAAGGAAAUGUGGUGGCCUGCCAUUGGCUAUAAUCACCAUCGCGAAAUUGCUAUCCAAUAAACAUCAAACCCCAGAUGAAUGGGAGAGACUCCAGGGUUCCAUUGGUGCUGGUCUUUCAUAUAAGAGUGAUAAUCAUGGAAAUGGUAUGGGUCAUAUAUCGCUACUUAGUUAUUGGGAUCUUCCACACCACUUGAAGACUUGCUUGUUGUACUUAUGUGUAUAUCCAGAGGGCGAGUAUAUCUCGUGUGAAGAAGUGAAGUGGAAAUGGAUACUUGAAGGAUUCAUUGCCACAAGACGGGGAAAUUUGUAUCAAGAAGCAGAGAGUUGUUUCAAUGAACUUGUCAACAGAAGCAUGAUCCAGCUAGUCGAUGUUGACGAUGACAACUUUGAACGAUAUUGUCAGGUUCAUGUGAUGGUGCAUGACCUUCUAAUAUCCUUGUCAGACUAGGAGAGUUUUGCCACUGUUUAAAUGGUGACAAGCUUGGGCUGCACAGUCAUGUGCCAUGUCAUUGUAUUUCCUGGGAAUAUGUAUAACCAGAAUUUGAACACUGGUUGUGAAAGCUAGAUGACUCCUGAUUUCCCAAUGUUCAGGGUUGUUCUGAAGAUGUCUAGAUGAAGCAGCAUGUGCUAGAAUCAGAUUUCUCCAUUUGAAGAGCCAAUGCUUUUACUUGGAGUGGAGAACUGACUUGCACAUCUUCUGCUGGGAUGCUAAUGUUACCCUGCUGCUAUUCUGCUUGCACUUGAAUGUAGAUCUGCCGGUAAUUGUAUGAUCUGCUGGCUUCCAUGCUCCAUCUGUGGAAACUUGGCAACCUGAUCUUGUAAUGUGCUGUUUUGUUUUGUUUUUGCCAAAAGUUCCUGCUGUGUUGACCA